GGAUUUCAAAUUUCAAGUAAGAAUGUCUGAAUUAGCCAAAGAGAUCAGAGUAGGAUUUGUCCAUGGAAAGUUCCGAUGGUGAAUGCGAGGUAGGAAAAAUGUCCAGUAAAUUUUGAAUGAUUUUUUAAAAAUGUCGCUGCGCAGCCAACUUCAUUUUGAGCGGAUGCCAAAUGACAUCCGGCGAGAAAAUUUAGAUGGAAUAAGAAGAAGAAGUCGUUUCACAAAAAUUUUAAUCGUGGUUGAAGCGAGAUUCGGAGUGAAAUUUGGCGUUAAAACUGUGUUGUGUUUAGUGCGAUUUAGUGAAUUUUCCCAAAUAUCAGCUAGGUCUGCAGUCAAGUGAUGUAUUUUUUCUGUUAAAUCGAUGUGAGCCGGUAACCUUGGUCGUCUGCUAUAUUUUGCAUACACCAAAUUUAUACGUGUGGGGGUUGGAAAAACGUAUUUUGGCAGGAAAGAGAGAAGGAAAUUUUCCACUCUGGAAUUUAUUGUUUUUCCCAAUUCUAAAUGUCUCUGUGGUGUUGCAAUAGAGAAAAAGUUUACAAUUUCACAUUGGAUAUUGGAUUACAUUGAAUUUGCUGCAGAUGGAAGUGAAAUGUCUGAAAAAGUCUGAAAGUUCUUCUGGGUGUUCGUGCAUCCGUUAAUCAUCUAGCCAGGAAGUAAGUAAAAAAGGGAAGUGUAUCACAGGAUCAACCAGGAAGAGCCUCCUUCAGUCUUCUGUCAAACCCUUUGCCACUCCUGUGUGAUACUUUGCCAUGCCGGGCAGUCGAUCAUCACGAUCCAGCAACAACGAGCCAGAACAUCAGAAAUCACCGAGUGGCGAAGAUUCCGAAGAUGAAAGCGAAAUCUUAGAAGAAAGUCCAUGUGGAAGAUGGCUGAAGCGAAGGGAAGAGGUGGAGCAGAGAGAUGUUCCCGGUAUCGACUGUGCUCACUUGGCGAUGGACACAGAGGAGGGUGUCGAGGUUGUUUGGAACGAAGUUCAAUUUUCCGAAAGGAGAGAUUUCAAAUCACAAGAAGAAAAAAUUCAGCAAGUUUUCGAGAAUUUAACACAACUAGAGCAUCCGAAUAUAGUCAAGUUUCAUCGGUACUGGACCGAUACACAUAACGAUAAACCUAGGGUAAUAUUUAUAACAGAGUACAUGUCCUCCGGGUCACUGAAACAGUUCCUAAAACGGACUAAGAGGAAUGUUAAGAAACUACCACUGCAAGCGUGGAGACGGUGGUGUACACAAAUAUUAUCAGCUCUAAGUUAUUUGCAUUCCUGUUCGCCGCCAAUUAUACACGGCAACCUUACCUGUGAUACAAUAUUUAUUCAACACAAUGGUCUAGUAAAGAUUGGUAGUGUAGCUCCUGAUGCCAUUCACCAUCAUGUAAAGACAUGCAGGGAUAAUAUGAAGAAUAUGCACUUUAUUGCACCAGAAUAUGGUGCUGCCCUGACACCUGCCAUAGAUAUUUAUUCAUUUGGUAUGUGUGCAUUGGAAAUGGCCGGCUUGGAAAUACAAGGCAACGGCGAUUCCGGAACACUAGUCACUGAGGAAAUGAUUACACGAACAAUUGAAAGCCUCGAUGAUGCUCAACAAAAGGACUUCAUCCUAAAGUGCCUGAAUAAAGACCCCGCCGAACGAGAUAGUGCUAGGGAAUUAUUAUUUCAUCCACUUUUGUUUGAAGUUCAUUCGCUUAAAUUAUUAGCGGCGCAUUGUCUAGUUGAUACAGCACCCAAUUUCUCAGAAACGAUAAUUGACGAAGCAAUGCAAAGAGUGUAUAAGCCCGAUAUUAUUCUUGCGGAUAUUCCUCGAGCUAAUGAUCCCGUUGAAGUGAGAUUAGCUGAUGUGCCAUCAGCUGAGAAGCUCGAAAAAUUCGUGGAAGAUGUGAGAUAUGGUAUUUAUCCUUUAACUGCAUUUCCGGCCCGGCAACCGCCGCCACCGCGACCAAGAGCUAUAUCACCAGAACCAACGGAGUCUGUGAAAUCAGUGACACCAGAACCUUUAGAUGUAGAAACUAGGAAAGUAGUGAAUAUGAUGUGUAGUGUGAAGCCAAGAGAAGACAGCUGUGAUCUAAUGUGUUUUCAGAUGACAAUACUACUCCGGAUGGAUGAUAAAAUGAAUAGACAACUAACAUGCCAAGUCUCGCAAGAUGAUUCAGCGACGCAUCUUUCGGAAGAGUUAGUACAUUUAGGAUUUAUUCACGAGACGGACCGGGAAAAAAUUGCGUCGUUAAUUGAAGACACAUUGAGCAGCUAUUUUAGUAAACUCAACAAUGCAUUGAUGCAGGGCGUCGAUCCAAGCCACAUGCAAAUGCCUGUCCACUCGGCCAGUAUUGAACGAAAUUGGACCGUGGCAGACAGCAAUUCACCGAGUGGAGGAGUAGGAGGAAUAGCAUCAGAUGGUCCCUCAACGCCCACAACCGUUCUGGCAUCUCCGGCCUCCACGACUACAUCGAUUGCUGCCAAUCUGGAGAUACCCAGUUCUGGCCAGAAGCCACAGUCAACACCCAACGAGACGCCAGAGGCUCAGCCUCAACAGGUGGCCAAUGAUGUGACGUCGUCAAUAGCGAGGAGCUCGGAAAAGGUGAAUUAUUCGGCGGAUGGUGUCAGUGCAGUGACAACAACAAUCAACAGAACCUUAGCGUCAACAUCAACAACCACCACCAUGCCAAUCACAACGACGGCGCGAAUGAGGAAUAACCCGCGGGGGCCCGAAUGAUCCGCGGUGACAAGGCGAAAGCCACGCAAUGCCGCAAUGAAUGUCAAGGGGAAGUGACUGCAAAUGAAGAAUAGUUGUCCGAACCAAAACAAAAAGAACUCCCAAGCUAGAAAGUAACUAGAACGAAUGUGACUAAGAAAAAAUCAUUACGUUUUUUUUUACAACACAGGCACACUUUUGUGAUUAAAAAAAAGAAACAGCUUCACGAUAGACAGUGUAAUUUUUUUUUUAAAAAGCAAUCUUUUUAGCACAAUUUUAUCUCAAUGAUCUUUUGAUGAAGAAAUUGUGCAUGGGAAAAAUUUCUCCAAGUUAAAUUUAAAAGUGAAGAAAAAAAAAACCAGACGCCUUUCUCCAAGAGUCUCCUCACUUUCUACCCUUGCAGUUUUCCUUUUUGGGUGAGUCUUAUUUUAUUAUACCUCUAAAUGUCUUGAAUAUCUUACAAAAGUGCUUGAAGUAAAUUGAAAUUUGAGGAAAAAAAAUGACAAAGAGUGAAUAGAGUUCAUUGUGAAAAAUUCGUUAACGAGCCAAGACAAUUCAACAUUGAAAUAUUAAAGUGAAAGAAAUAAUAGCAGAUAAUUUACCCUAAAAAAAACAGAAAGAAGCGUAACAAGUUCAUUAAACUCUGUACAAGUGGCUGAAAGAUAACUAAAUGUCAUUCGCAUUCAAUACUUGCACCUUGAAGGUCAAAUUCAAGAGCGUAGCCAAAGAAAACUAAUUACAGGUUAUUGUUUAUUCAAUUUGGCAAUUAUUUGGAGGAAAAACAAAAAUUUAGCGAGGAUCAAUACCAAUUAUCUCAUACAACACACCAUUUUCCCAUAAUCCGAGACACUUUAGCUCUUCUAAUUAGAGCAACAAGCCAUGGAUUAUCUGACAAUUUCGCCAGAUUUGCAAAAAAAGCAAAGACAGACUUCAUGAUGGCGAAGUGCUAGAAUGUCCUUUUUUGGAAAAUUGACUUGGAUAAUUCCUUAGAAUCCUUUCAACCGAUUGGGACAAGAAAGGAUUCAUUUAAAAGGUUUUGGAAUCCUGAAUAAACCAGAAAAAAGCUGUAUUAGUCUCAUUCUUGAAGGCCAUAUGAAUAUCAAAAACGAGCCGACCCAAAACUGUUCAGAACCGUUUAUAAUCGAUCCAUAAAUCAAUUCAAAAUCUGUGCUGAACAGAAUAUAGUUCCAAGUAAAUUUUGAGUUAAAAAUAUCAAUUAACCGAUUCAUUACCGGUUCAUACCCGGUGAAAAUUAGCCCAAAACUGUUCAGAACCGUUUAGAACCGCUUCAUAAAUUAAUUCAAAAUCUGUGCUAGUCAGAAUAUGGAUCAAAGUAAAUUUUGAGUUAAAAAUAUCAAUUAACCGAUUCAUUACCGGUUCAUACCCGGUUAAAAUUAGCCCAAAACCUGUUUAGAACCGUUUAAAACAGAUUCUUAAAUCAAUUCAAAAUCUGUGCUAAACAAAAUAUAGGUCAAAAUAUAUUUUGAGUUAAAAAUAUCAAUUGACCGAUUUAUUACCGGUUCAUGCCCGGUUAAAUUGGCCCAAAACCUGUUCAAAACCGUUUAGAAUCGAUUCUUAAAUCAAUUCAAAAUCUGUGCUAAGCAGAAUAUAGUUCAAAGUAAAUUUUGAGUUACAAAUAUCAAUUGACCGAUUCAUUACCGGUUCAUGCCCGGUUAAAAUUGGCCCUGAACUGUUCAGAACCGUUUAGAACCGAUUCAUAAAUCUAUUCAACAUCUAUGCUAAACAGAAUAUAGUCCCAAGUAAAUUCUGAGUUAAAAAUAUCAAUUAGCCGAUUCAUUACCGAUUCUUACCCGAUUAAAAUUUGUCCAAAACUUUUUCAGAACCGUUUAAAACCGAUUCAUAAAGCAACUCAAAAUCUCUUAAAAACAAAGUAUAAGCCGAAGAAGUAAAUUUCGAGUAAAAAAAUCCUUUUACCGAUACAAUAUCGGUUCAUAAUCGGUUAGAAUUGUUUUAUAACCGUUCAGGACCGUUUGGAAACAAUUCUUAAAUCAAUUAACAAACUGCACAAAACAGAAAUUGUCAAAGUAUCAAUUGGCCAAAGUAAAUUUUAAGUUAAAAAUAUCAAUUAACCGAUUCAUUACCGGUUCAUAACUGGCCCAAAACUGUUCAGAACCGUUUAAAACCGAUUCUUAAAGUAACUCAAAAUCUAUUAAAAAUAAUGAAUAGGACGAAGAGGUCAAUUUCGAGUAAAAAAUCAGUUUGCCGAUACAAUAUUAAUUCGUAACUGGUUGAAAUUGUUUUGUAACCAUUCUGGAACGUUUAGAAACAGUUCAUAACUCAAUUAAGAACCUGUACGAAACAGAAUAUAGGCCAUAGUGAAUUUUGAAUUAGAAAAAUCAAUUUAUCGAAUCAUUACCGAUUCAUGACCGGUUGAAUAUGGUCCAAAACUGUUGAGAACUGUUAAGAACUUGUUUAGAAAUCUACUAAAAAUCUGUUUUCAUUGUUUUUCCAAUUUUUAUAUUAAAAUUUGAGGGAACCCAGUGAAUACAAUUAGCUAGAAAAGGCAGAGUUUUCAGCAAAAAUAUGCUGAAAACGCUGCCUUUUUUAGCCUAACUGUGCUCGCUGGGAACUUGAUUUUAAACUUUUAGGAUAGGGUAAAAUAGGGUGUAGUAGGGUGAAAUACGCUAAUUCUGAGCCUAAUCUAAUCCUGAACAUUUAGAUUUUCUCACUUUUUAAGAUAGACUGAAGAAAAAGACAACGAAGAAUACUUCAGAAUAUAGGUCUUUCACUUCUCUGUAGUCUUCCUUUUCUCUCCAUCCAUCUUAAAUAGUGAGAAAAUUUCAAAGUUCAUGAUUAGAUUCGGUUCACAAUUAGCCUAAUUUACUUUAUUCCCUAUUUUUGUUACUAAUAAAUUAUGGUCAUUCUGUUCAUUUGUGAUAAUUAAAAAACGACGACACCCAUUAUCUAAUACAACAUACCAUUUUAGCACGUACAUCAAACCAUCCGAGACACUUUCUCAAAUACAUCAAACAAGCGAAUAUCGCUCCUCAAUAUACUUACCGUAACCAGCUACAAUUUUAUCUGGAUACGUUCGUGAAUUUGACCUCAGGAAUGUAAGAGACUUUCAGAAAAAAAAGACUCAAGAGACACCCUAACGAAAAAUUCAUUGCGAUGAUCAUUAGCGAUGUUAGAAGAUGUGACAGUUUUUAAAUUGAAAAAUAUCUAAAAGCAAAUUGCGAUUUCACUUUUAAACGAGCUAGCGGUGGAAGAAAAAAAUAAGAGAGAGAGAUGAGAAAGAUAAAUAAAUGCGCUGUGAGCACAAAAAGAACAUAUUUAACAAUUGCUGAAAUUGUUGAUUUUUUUUUAUUGGGAUAAUUACGCAAUUUUUUCUUGAAUUCUUUCUUUGCUUAUCUGCAGAACAGAGUUUGCGACAAACAGCCUGAAUUUCACUUUAAACCUUAAAGGGAUUUUGGUUUUUUUAAUUUGCAGUGACACAAUCCCCAUCUGCUUUGUCUAUGGAGCAAAAGGACAAACAAUUAAGGAGGGAUUCUGAUUCAAUGACUUUGUCAUAUGACAAAGUCAUUGGAUACAUUAUACACAUUCCUAAAAAGCAAAUUUUCCUUCUAUUUUACAAAGUUAAAAAUUAAAAAAAUUGAUUAUAGGGAGUAAGUUUAAUUUUCUAAAAGCUUAAGCUGUUUAAAAAAUAUAAGAUGUAUUUUCCAGCAGAAUAUUUUUAAACUAUUUUGAUCCAUAACUUAAUCCAUAUCACCAAGAUUUUAAAUGCAAAGGAAACUUGUAGCCAUAUAAAUGAAUCAAGAAAUCAUCCUAUAUUAUAUUGUUGCGGAUUUGGAUAGUGGAGCCCUACCUCAAUAACCAUAGCACCCUGGUGGACGAACCUAGAGCUAGAGCUAGGGAUCCUAGAGCGGUCCUAGAGCUAGGGGAUGAAGAAUACCGAUCCAAUGCCUCCAUUGAGUAAAAAAUCGUGGUUUUCCUUAUUGAUAUUGCUUAUGUAGAACACUCUAGAAUCCAUAUCUGAACUUUUCUAGGCAUAGCUUGAAGGUGGUUAAUGAAAAGUUCCAAAGAUAAUGUUCAUUAGAAAUCUCCUAGACUCCGACGGUUCCAUUGCCUUGUAGAGAGCAUACCCUCUCGCUAGCACCAGGGAAUGAGUGCAUCUCUAAAGUCCUCAGAGUCUAGGGGGUGAGCCUCUCAUCCCUUUAUAGAAAAACUUUAGCUUCUCGACUUCCCAGAAAUGCCUAGGUUUCUCGCCUGAACAGACGCUCUCACGGCUGAUAUGGGAAUGCGUUUAGCUGGGUACGGGUUGACCUAGAUUAUAAAGGGGCAAUUUUAAACUCUUCUCCUUCUCUAUCAACUAUCUCAAGUUGUGUCCCCUAUCUAUCAAGAGAAUAUGCGUAGCCCUCCCGAAUUAUACGAGUUAAGUGUGAAAAUCGCACUGAAGCAAAUAUUACACUCAGUCUCGACAUUAAGUCUAUAGUUGGUAAAUUUCAUGAAUUUUCGCCUAAAGUAGAUGGCGACUGCUGUGAAAUUUCCAUUAAGUCCUUCGGGAUUAUGCACCUGACGGAAAUUUAUGAAAUCAUUUUUGAAUUACGCCUGAAUGUAUACUACUUUGCGACGCGGAAAAUUUGAAAACAUUUUGCUACUUUUUCAGAAUAAAACUUUAAUUUCUUUUAUUAAGGUAAUUUUUUUAAAAUAUUCUAACCAUUUAUUGAAGAACUCUUGCCCAAAAUUACUAUUUGUUAAUGCAUUUCUAUUAAACAGUUGAAUCUUUCUGUUUGAACUACUUUUACUCCGCGCAAAAUUCGUUCUACGUAAGAUUUAUUCAAAAGAAAGCCCCUGCGGGUAUGCAAAUUUUCUCGAUGCGUAAUGCCAUUUCCCGCGUUUUUUCGGUCCCGAAAAUGUGCUUAAUCCCGGAACUGAGUGUAUCAUGUUUUAUGCCCUGAACGGUCAUCAAAACCAAAAAGACUCAAUUUUCUCCAAAGCUUUCGACCCUCUAUGAGGAAGACCCAUACCGAGGGUCGAAAUCUUUGGAGAAAAUUGAGUCUUUGGUUUUGAGAAGAAGACAAUCCUCUGACGAACACCGCUAAAAACUGAAGUUGAUGAAUGGGUUCACUUGUUUAAACCUAUCAAGUAUCUUACUGUUUUGAAGGAUAUUAAAACCACUUCUGGAUUGUUUACACUUCUUUAAACGUAAAUAUGAUAUGAGAAUCGAUCCCAGCGUCUUGUCUACUUAUCUGAUCCCUUUAACGUUUAACUUCAGUGAUUUCAGCUGUUCAAAACCGUAACUCUGUUCUCAAAGUUUUAAUUUAAAAAAAUAUCAUUACCUUUUUCAAAAUAUUUUUAGUCAAUAUUAGCUUUCGGGCACAUUUCCCUCAAUGCUGAGACCAAAAUUAGAAAAGUUUCUAGAAUAUUGUAUUCUAAAAGUAGGAAAUUUUGAAAAAUAAAGAAUUUCAAAGUUCCGGAAUUUUUCCGAAUUUUUCCGGACGUUCUUAAUUUGUGAAUAUCAAGAUCUUCAAAUUUUUCUAAUUUCGGGCUCAGUGAGUAAAUCGAACCAAUUGAUAUGAAUAAAAAACUAGGUAAGAUUUAUUGAAAUCUUACCUAAUACAGGGGGCGAGGCUGUGUAGUUAAUUGGAAAAUAAGAAAAACAAGUGAAAGAAGACAAAGUUUGAUACAAAAGUAGCGUGACGUUGGUUUUUAGGAAAAAAUCCGAAAAUGAGUGAGACUGUCAGAAAAUCGUUCUCACGAGUUUUUUGACCAAAAUUUUUCAAUAUAGGUUUAAUGAAAAAAAAAGUGUUUUGUAGAAAAGUGAAUGAGGAAUGUAUUUUUUUUAUUAAAAUCUAGUCUCGCGCCCUUUUUAAACCCCAAAAAUUUUUGGAUUUUUAUUCCUUACUCUUUCCCUUUCAGGAUUUUGAAGAAAAAAUAUAUCAAAUUUAAAAAAAAAAUUACUUUCAUACUCAUAGAAAACUCCUUUCAGAAAAAAGCAUUUCCGUUCAUUAAAGAAAAGAAGAAAAGAUAACAAGCGAUAUUAUUCGGAACUUUUACGUUUAAGUUAGUUGCAUUUUAUUCGAAUAUUUCACUGAAUUGACUAUGCAAUUUUUUUAAAAUAAUAAAAAAAGAAUUCUUGAGAAAAUAUUAAAGAAAAAUUAAUAUGAAAAUUUUAUUUCACACUCGACUGAAUAUUUUAUUUUUGUUUCCGGAAAAAAAGCCCGAUUAUUUGUACAUAAUAAAGUAAUUUUUUAAGUGUAUAAAUGUUAUCCAUUUUUUUUUAUUCUUUGCACAAAAGCAACUUGAUAGAGGAACAUUUUGUCUACUUUAGAGAAAGAGAAAAAACGUGUAAAUAAAAUGGAUAAAGAACUUCCAUAGCUUUCUUUCGCAAGAUAUUAAAAAAAAAACAAAUAACAACCAAAACUUCUCUUUUUUUUAAAUCCUUUUCAAAAAUUUCAGCCUUCUUGAAAACGAUCGUAAUAAAUUCAGAGAGCAAAUAGAUUAAAGAUUUUAAAAAAACCAUACGAGAAAUAAUAGAGAUCAAAAAUCUAUUCUCAAAAAAGCCAUUUGUAAAGUAAAUGUAAUAACUUUAAAAGAAAUAAUAAUAAUAGGAAAAAAAACAGCAAAAACAUAUUAACAAAAAUAAAAAAUGAAAAAUGUGGAAAUAGCAGGUAAAUAGACCGUACAGUAAUCACAAAAAUAGUGAAUGAAAAAAAACUAAAUAACAAAAUCAAUUGAGGAAAUUUCGUGAAGUAGCUGAAAUAGGAAUAUUCAAACAAACAAAAAAUUAAAUGACCGUUUCAACAUUUAAAAACAAAAAAAAAAUGAGGAGAAAAAGGUGAAAAAAGUGAAGCUUAGUGCAAAAGCUAGUCAUAUCGAAGAAAAUCCCAAAAAUGUUCAUAACGCAAAGGCAGUAGAUUCUAGUUUAUGUAAUUGAAAAUAUUAAAUAAAAGAUGAAAGUAAUAGUAAUAGAUAUAAUAGUAAUAUAUAUUUUAUAUUAUGUAUGUGCGCGCGUGUGUGUGCAGAAGGCAUAUGCAUAUUGGAGAUAAAUAAAGAAAAAAGCAUUAAAAAGAAAACACACUAAAAAAAUUAAGAGGAAAAAAAAAUAUUUAGGAAGAAAAAUAAUUGUUUUUCUAAGGAGAAAAUUUAACAAGAAAAAAAAAACGGCGUUAGAUAAAUGAAAAAAUGGCUUAAAAUUGUCUCUACAAAGUUUAGCAAAGAAUAUUCGUUCUUUUUUUGGCAAUUUAUUAUUUAGUUCCCAUGGAAAAUUUUGUUCAAAAAAUGAUAAAUUUAUUUCGAGAUGAAACCUAAAAUUUAUACAAUGAAAAAUUUCAUACCAAAAUUAACGUGUGUUCUGCUGCACUUGGCUGAUGGGGGGAAUUUCUCAAAUAGGCAAGAGGUUAUGGUGCAAAAUUGAGGUUAUGUUGGAACUUAAGUGCAAAUGACAUAACCUAUAAAGGGAUAUUCUCGGAUGAAUAGAGUUCUUUAAAUAUUUUUGUCUAGAAGCAGCUUUUCUUGCAAAAAUCGUACGCUUGGAAAUAACUACAUGAAUAUUACUUAAUAAUCGAAGAUUGCAAAACCUAAACUUUUGGGUUUAAAUAGAAGAAGACCAAAAAUCCUAACCUCAAUACAAAAUAAAACAUUUCAAUAUCUGAAAAGUCUCCAAAAUCAAAAAUUCUUGAUUUUAGAACGUUCUAUCAUGCGCUAUUUUAAAAAUAUGAACCAUAUUUGAAUGGAACUUAACCUAAAAUCUGAACCAUUAAUGUGGAAAUACAAAAAAAAGGUUUGUGGGACCGUACUAACUGGACCAAGAACCUUAUUUCGAAUGUAAGGUUGUCAUGCUUCUUUCCUUUUAAUCCCUAUCAUGCCCAAACAUUUUUUUAAUUAUUCGUGAAACAAUUUGUAUGUUUUUUUAUUAUUUAUAUUAAAAAAUUACAGAAAUCUAACCCUAAAAAAAUUAUUGUGGUAAAAUUUGCACUUUUCUGACAAAAAAGGGCAUUGAAACAUUUUUUUCUUCCAUUUUAUUCUACACCUUAGACACUUUCAUCACUUUAUUAGGUCCUAAAACGCAAUUUUUCCUCGUUAAACUUGGUUUAUUAUCUUUAAUUUUAGGUUAUGUAUUAACAUAACCUUAGAAAAUAUAUACAAUAUUUUGUGUGGUGAAAUCUUAUAUCUGCUGUUAAGAAGUUUUGAUCUAUAAAUUAUGAAAUUUAUAGAUCAAACAAAGGAAAAUUAUGAGGAAAAUUGCCUUUCACCUGCACUGGAAUUUUCGAUGAAGUAGAUUAAAAACUCAGCUCAUUUAUAAAUCAUGUCUCGUGUUUUUGUUAGGUCAAAACCUUACAAAAUUUACCACUUACGUAUCAAUAUUUGGACAAGUGACAUGAUAAAGCAAUUUGAGGUUAAUCUGAACAUAACCUUUAAAAACUAUUUAAAACUUAGAAACUCUCCGAAUAAUAAUAAUAAUAAUUAUGCUGGCACAACAUUCCAUGAAGGAACUAGACCUUCCCACAGGGGGAUUUCUAGACAUACAUUAUUAUUUUUUCUUGUACGGUAUGAGAUUGUCAGUUGCCCGUGGAAUCAAGUGCAGUAAAGCUCACUGGAUGCAAUCUGAACACCUUUAACGCCAGAAAAGUUCCUGGUGACCUAAAGCGGAUUCGAACCCGAGACACUUGCAUCAUAGAGCGAGUGCUCUACCACUUGACCCUUUGAAUGCCCACUUAUGCGUCAAUAUUUGAACAAAUGGCAGAAUAAAUCAAUUUGAGGUUAUGCUAAAUAUAACCUUCAAAAAUCUGUUUAAGAUUCAGCAACUCUCCGAAUAGUCCCUUAAAUUUGAUAAAUUGAGAGCCCAGUAGAAUGAUGUAAAAUAUAAUUGAGGUUAUUUUAACUUUUCAUUGUAUCCCUUUUAAUCCGCAGCUAUGAGAUUUUCUAACUUUGUAACGUAGUAAUCGAAUCUUAAAAUCGUCGAAACACAUUCAAGCGACUUCACUUUGUCUUGCAGGAAGGAUAUUCUUGGGGGUUAUUUUUCAACUCGUUUUUUUUAGGGUUAGAGAUUUUCAAAUUUUAAAUUUUCAUAGAGUUCUUUUUAUUGAAAACCAUCAACAUUAUCUCUAAAAUUCUAUUUAGAAUUGGAAUUUAUGUAAUACGCCCAUCGAAAUUUAAAUAAGAAAUUAGCAUAAAUUAAGGGGUGCGUAGAUCCGGUCAGCCUAGAAUUUUUUUUACUAAGUUUUUGUAAAUUUAUGUACACAAAAUCUAGGUUGAUUUGAUCUACAUACUACUCACGCUAUAGCCACUUUAUGAUAAUUUCUUUAUUGAAUUUCAGUGGGUGUAUUAUCGCCUGAUUUUUGAGGUUAGGUACAAUAAAACAUUAAAAUUUACAACAAAACAAAGGUAAAGUUUCAAAUUCUUCCAAGUUCUAGUAAAAUAUAUAAGUCGAACAACUAAAUUUUUUUUAAAAAUCGUUUUAUUCGCUUUUUUGGAUACUUCUUUAUACUCCUUACCUUCCUUCUAGAAUAAAAGAUAAUUAUUUUGGAAGUUAUAGAGAUUUUAAAUCUUAAAAAUCCUAUACUCUGCAUGUAAAAUCUCUGUAAAAUUUGCCCACUGUGAGUUAUUGGUUUUUUAUUCUGAGCGAUCGAUAUUGAAUUUUCCGUAAAAAUAGGAGUUUUUCUCUAUUAUGUUAUAAUUCUUACGAGCAGCGCAUAUACAAUCGCAACGAUCGCAACCAUAAGAGAGUGGAAUAUUUUACUCUGGAGUUCGGAGUUCGGACUUGUACUCGAGAGUUUAAGUAGAUUUGAGGGAUUUGCCCCGGCUCGUCCGUGGGCAAUCCGGGAAGAAUUAACACCGGUUCGUCCUAGAGUGUUCCUGCGGGGGAGAACCCUAUUAUUCAUUAUCCCCGGUAUUCGAAGCGGCCCAUCUGGCCCCCGGGGAUUCAAGAAAAAUGUAGCAGUGGAUUUAAUAAAAGUCUACAAGAGGAACACUGGAGUUUUUCUUGAAUCUGGGAGCUCCUCUUGCCCUUCUUUCGGUCGCAAGUUAUUUGAAGGUGGUUGCGAGGGGAUGGUAGCUUCUACCCGAUUUCCAUAGAAUCGUAAAAAUACUUAAGCUGUUUCUAGAGCUUUUCCGGGAAAAAUAUUUAUAUUCUCUUAACUUUUGUUACUUUGAGGUUAUGUCUAAAGCAUGUUGAGAGCAAUUUUCGUCAAAAAUUGUAUUUUUGACAGAAUUUUGACGUUUCUGCCUACAGCAUUGCAGAGAAUUUUCUUCAAAAAAGCAAAAAAAUGACGCAAUUUUGACUAAAAUUGGUGCAAUUUUGACGAAAAUUGACGCGAUUUUGACGAAAAUUGACGCAAUUUCGACGAAAAUUGACGCAAUUUUGACGAAAAUUAACGCAAUUUUGACGAAAGUUGUUCUCAAUGUGUAUAUAGACACCUUAAUAAAUCAACCAUAACCCUACUUUUCAACAUAACCUCUUAUCUUUUUGAAGGGAUUCCCUCCACGGCUGAUGAAAAAUCAAAAAAAUAUCUGACUUAUUGUUCUUUUUUUUGUAUAUUUGUGUUUUAGUUAAAAUUAUUAUUUUUUUUUUUGUGUAACUCUAUAGACUUAAAAUAUCUCCCAAAAUCGCCCUCCCUAACUUACCAUAAAAUUCAUUGCAGAUUUUCCCCCCAAUAAUACUCAAUUUCAUAAUUAAUUAACGUGAAUAAUUGUAAUUUGUAAAUAAAUAAAUGAGAAAAAAAUGUAUAUUUAGCUUCUAAAUAAAGAAAAAAAAAUAAAAUGAAAACCCUAUGAAGGAUAUAAAACUGAUGAAAGGGAAGAAGAUGAAAAAGAAACACAAAUUUUCAUGUCUAAAAUGCUUCUAAAUAGAAAUACAAAAAUUUUGUAUAGAAAACCAAAAAAAAAGAGAAAACAAAUGAAUAUUAAAAAGUAAUAAACUUUUUUUUGUUGGAUUUAAAUUCCCAAUUUUUUUUUGUUAUUUUGUGUUUUUUUUUUAUUAUUUCUUUUCAUUUCGACAAUCGCAAGUUGGACGAGGAUGCUUCGAGUAAAGAGGAAAUAAAAAAUAAUUUAAAAAAAACAAGUAAUAUGAAAAGGAAGAAGAUAAAAAAUAUUGUAUAGAGUAUGCCUAUUUGAGACUGACGUAUUUGUAAUAGCAUGAAACAUAAGAAAAAAAAUAAUGAAUAAGAAUGAAAUUAUGAUUAGAAAUUCAAUUAAAUGUACAUAAUAGAAAUGUGAAGAGAUGAGAAACGAGCAAGAAAUGCUGAUGGAAAAGCGAACGAGAGUGAAUGAUUGCAAAAAAAAGAGAAUCUUGUGGUAAAUUUUCCUAUUUUCACACUAACUUUCCUUUCUUGUUUUUGUUUUCUUUAUGUUUUCUUUUCCUUAUCGAACCAGCCAAUCUUUUGUGUAUUUUAAGAUAAAAGAAUUAAGAGAGCAAAAGCAGCAAUGAAAUCAAUAAAGAUUGUGGAAAAUUUUUUGUGUGUUGAAAGAAAAACAAGCCUAAAAAUUCAAAUAUUUGCUAAUUAAUUAUAUUACAAAAAAAAGGGAGAGAGGAAUUAUAAUUAAAUAAUUAAAAGAAAAAUGACAUAUUGUAGACAAGAAUGAGAGAGUUAGAGAGAAAAAUAAAAGAUGAUGAAAAGUGAUAAUUUUUCUUAGUAAAAAAAGAAAUACUUAAAAUAUUUUUUAUAUUUCUGCAUUAAAUAUGAAUCAUUAUAAAUGGGAAAAAACAUAAUUAAAAAAAUUUGUAUUACUAAAAUAGAACAAGAAAACAAAACUCAAAGAAACAGAAGAAAAAACUUUAAAAAGGGACGAUAAAUUUAUUUAAAUCCUGGCUAUAAUUUUUCUACUCUUAAAAACUUGCAGAAAAACAAAAGAGAUUGGCCGAGAAGUUCUAGAGAAAAAAAACAAUAAAUCUUUUAGGUCUAGAAAAUGUAAAACGCUUAAACUUUUGCAACUAGUUUGCAAAUAAUCCCUUCUCUACCAACAACAACAAAAACUGCACAAUUUUUCAGUAUGAAGCACUUAGAAUAAAAUCAAACUUGAAAAUGGGAGAAUAAUUACAAAUUUUCUUAAGCAAAAGAAAUAACAA